UUGCUAAAUGGUACAAGGUUAAAGGAAUUAUUCAUUUGGAAAUGAUUUCGGAAUGUCUCCUUCUCGUUCUUCGAGUGACUUUAGUUGCAGCAUUUUGGGCUUCAAUGAAAUGUUCGAUAGGAUAUACUGGUACUGCUUGUCAAAGAUGUCCGUAUCCGACGUAUGGUGAUAAUUGUAAACAGCGGUGUAUAUGUAAACCACAUUUUUGCAAUCAUAUUAAAGGAUGUCGUCAAUUACCAGACAGAUGUCCCGUUGGUUUUACUGGAAAAUACUGUGACGAACAGUGUCCAUAUCCACAGUAUGGUAUUGGCUGCCAACAGAGCUGCAUGUGUUCAAAACAACGCUGUAAUUAUUUUACAGGCUGUCCAUUUACAAAGACAGUAAUUAAGAACCAAAAAUCACACCAAACGAAUCCUUUCAGCACAGAUGAAUCCUAUCCACACACCACAAAAAGUGUUGAUGAUGUAAACCGUAAUGCACGUAAUCUUACCUCAAUCACCCCUGUAAUUCCAGCAGGUAUAAACAAAACGGAAUCAAUUGGUGAACCUUUACAACAACUAGGAGUCAAAGAUGGAUUAAACAAAGAAUCAAAUGCGAAUCUAUAUGACUUUUAUAGUGAGAAAAAAUGGGUCAAGUUUUGUUUUGUUCUCUUUGGAAUAAUGUUGUUUUUAUUGUUAAUCGUUCAUAUCGUAUUGUCAAUUAUCCAAUGUCCAAGUGGAAAUCGCAAAUAAAAUUGUUUAAUUAUCACAUGUUUAAGAGAAAACAGCUCUAGUUCUACAACAUUCUGUAAAUAACGUUUAAGAGUUUCCUUUCAUUAAGUACUUUAGACAUGCUCUUCCUGUUUUGUUGAAAUUAAUGAUAUAAUUAAUGAUUUCCUUUUUCGAUAAUAAGCAAAUAAUUUGACAGAACUAAUUUAUCUGCUGCAAAUAGAAAAUAAAUUGUAAGUGUUUAUUUGUAUUGAGUACUUCGUGCAGUCUAAACAGAGUUAUUUAUCUGUGGUUUAACCUCAUAUAUUUACAUUUUCAACUGUCUUUGUCUGUGAUAACAUUACAAAUCAAUUUUGAACCCUAAAACCGAAUAACAUCAAAAAAUAUGAGUGACACAAAAUGGGCGUGUCUUAUAGCAAAACCGAAAAACGGUGCGCGUAGUAAUACAUUGCAUGUGCUAAAUAAAAAAAGUAGUGGUUUUGAAAUGUUUUCUUUUCGCACACAAAAUGAAUGAAAAUUAAAAUGAGCAUGUAAAGGUUACCAUUUAAAAUAAAAUUUAUAGAAAAAUAUCUUAAUAUGCAAUUUAAAUAUUUUAUAUAAACGGCUCGUCUGCUGAUGAAUAGAUUUCUUAUAAUGAUCGUCUGCUGAUCACUUCAUUUUUUAUUUCGAUCGAAUGCAGCCA